AUGUCGACUACACAUCCUACCAAUAUCACUACUGAAUGGGAUGAUAUACAGAGAAAAUACGGAAAUCUCCCAAAACUUGAAAAGGAGAAAACAAACGAGGAGCUAGAUAGCGCAUUUGUGGAAGUUACGGAGGAGGAAUUGCUGAGAGAAUCCCGCCUUAAAAAAUGGAAGAAAAAACUAGGUAAUAGAUCCGUAUUUAGGUAUGGAACACCAGUGAAUAUCACAGCAGAUAACUUCGUUGAACAAGUAACAGACGCUUCUAAGUAUAAACCCUCAGAUGCUGAUAAAAAGGACGAUGAAUUUGAGGAUUUGUAUGAUAAAACCGGCUAUUAUGUGCCGGUCUUGCUUUUAGACGAUAAACCUGAGUCUAAACUGCUCAAAAAUGCAUGGAAUAUCUUGUCAAAGAAACAUUCACAUCUGAAAUUUACCGUUGGUUCAGCAAGUAAUGUUCUAAAGGUCGAAGGGAAUAAGUUAACGCCGCCAUCAUCGGUUUUACUUUAUUUUUCUGGUAACUGUAUACUCCAGAAGAACGUUUCCUCACUUUUCAAGCGGGGAAUAUUUGAAUUAUCCGAAGAUACGCUGGAAACCAGGGUUGCAAAUGCACUAGAAAACAUACUUAACAGUGCCCAGGGACACUUGCCACUCGUCAGGGAUAAAGACAAGGAGGAAUCAUCGGAAUCAGAAUCGGAUACAGAUUACCUUAAAUCGUCUGGAAAGGAUUUGAGAACUGAUUUCUUGAACAAGUUGACUCGAGGAAAGGUCUCAGACUUGGAAACGUCGAAAACAUACUCAUCAUGGAUACUAGAUAAAGCACUUGGAAAUUAA